AUGGGUAGACACCCUUGCUGUCCCAAAGAAAUCAACAAAGGUGCUUGGUCUAGAGAAGAAGAUGAAACCCUCUCCAAAUAUGUUGCCCUCCAUGGAGAAGGGAAAUGGCAAAAGGUUGCCCAAAAUGCAGGUUUAAAACGGUGUGGAAAGAGUUGCAGACAAAGAUGGUUGAAUUAUCUCAGGCCUGGUAUAAAGAGAGGUAACAUCUCUGUGGAUGAAGAGGAUAUGAUCAUAAGACUUCAUCGUCUUCUUGGUAACAGAUGGGCUUUGAUAGCUAAGAGGCUACCGGGACGAACAGACAAUGAAAUCAAGAACUAUUGGAACACUAACCUAUCAAAGAAGUUACAGAAACAAACUUCAUCAUCUGCUUCACUUCAACAACAACAACAACACAACCCCAAUCACAAAUGUGAAGACAAGAAGACCAAACAAAUCCAUGUAGCACCUGAAGCUCCAAGGCCUAGGAGAGUUAAGGCUGUUCAAUACAGUAAAAUUUUGGAGAACACUGGGUGUGAUGAUAGGCAGAGUCCUAGUCCCUCAACUAAAAUAGAGGGUAGUGAUGAAGCUUCUCUUACUGAUUUUCUCAUUGAUAUUGAUCAAAACCAAAUGCUGAUUGUUGAUGACUCUAACUCAAUGCUCCCACAAAUUGAAGACCACAAGGUAGGCUUAACCAACAGUCCUAGCUCAUCAUCACCUUCUGAUUAUUGCCACCUCUUACCAGAGAGAUUUGAUUCUCUUGAGACCCUUUUUGAUGUGGAGCUCAAGAGGAUGGCUUCCUUUCUUGGAUUGGAAAUUGAUUGA